UAUAAUCUGUAAACACCAGCAGCUACGAAGCUGCUGGUAUAUAAAGAUAGAUAUAAAAAAAUAAUGCAUACAAAUAUAUAACGCAUUUAAAAAAAAAUGAGUGGAGAGAAAGAAGAUCUGUGGAUGGAAAAAUAAACUUCCAGGUGAAAAAAGAACAGUAGGGUGGGAGAAAUGAACUGCAGGGUGGAAAGAAUGCUGUACUUUUUCACAUGACAUGGUGCUAAUGAUUAACCAGCUUGCUAAAGUGAACAGUGACCUUCCUAGAAGGAUGGAGGAAGACUUUUUAGAGGUCCUCUGAACAAGUGAAUUCCCAGAAGAGGAGAUACUUAGAAUAUAUUUCUGUCGAGAUAACCUUCUGGCGCAGAGCAACCUCUUAAUCUGUCUUUCACGUAUUUGAAAAUCAUAUCUAGACGCUGAUUUGUUUAAAUGUUAGGGUACGAUCAAAGUAGAACUCAAUGAAUCGCUCCAUGUCGUUCCAUGGAUCUCGUUUGUUGGAGAAACUAUUCUUUUUAAGUAUAUCUCAUUUUUAUUCACCAUGCAGGUUUUUCUCUUUCAAGCCCCCAGGUUUAUUUUAUUUUUUGCCCACUAUGUGUGGAAGCACCAUCAGAAAAGAUGGCAGCACCCAGCAUACAGGAAAACAAAAACAUGAUAAACGGUUUGCAGUUAACAUACACCACUAAACAAUUUAGAUAGGACCAUUUACAAGCCGUUUUGAUCCUAUAGUCAGAAGGAUGCAACAAGUCCGCUGUAAUCAAAUAGGCAUACACUUUAUACAAUUGGUAAGGCCAUCAACUCCACUAACCCUAAGUGACAAUGUCCUGAAAACGAAGUGGCUGUCUCACCAAUCCUCCAGAACGAACCCCGUCUGUUGUGGCUCACUGUUGGCCAUCAGCUGAACCGACCCUGUGACCCCACAUCCUGCAGUGAGGAGAAGAGGAGAAGCUGUAAGUCCACUCAUGAACCAGCAGGCCUUGGCAGUGUGGGUUACAGUCCAUCAUAUUGGACCAGCUGUUCCUGUCCAGUAGAGUCAAAAGGAUGGCUAAAACGACACGAUCUUUGAUGAAAUGCUGUGCCGUAAAAAGAGGAUUGUAUUUUAACGGUAUUUUUUGUUGUUAAUGUUAACAGUGGUUUCUUUGUAUUCAGGACUUGAAUGCUACAUGCCACUGGUUAUGGUUAGUUUAAUGGUUGUUUAUUUUGAUCAGGUUGAGCAAGAGCUCCAGCUCUUUUAAAUCCCCAUGUUGACAGGAUCCUGUGAUGGUGUGGUGUGGGAGAAUUUACAUUUACACUUACGGCAUUUAGCUUUUCUCCAAAGAGACCUGCAAUAAGUACAUUUGUCAGAAGAAAGAGAAACAAUAUAUCUCUGUCGGUACAGUCAGGGUGUUCAUUGAACCAAGGGCCAAGCACCAGAGGUGUUCAGUAACAAAGUACAAAUACUUUGUUACCUUACUUAAGUAGAAAUGUUGGGCAAUUAUUUUUCAGCCAAAUUUUUACUUCUACUGCUUACAUUUUCGAAAUGAAGAAGGUACCCACCCAGUCGAGAAGGCUGAUCCAAAUUUUAGUUGCAAAAUCUGCGGAUGUCCUUGAAAAAUAUCGAGAAUAAAUAACAAUAAUAACAUUGUUCAUGGUUGGCCUAAUAAUGUAGGCAUUUCGCAACUAAAGAGCCUUUUAUUACCCUCUAAACCCCUAUAAUGCACACUGAAUGAAGAAUAUCCAAGUUUCUUCUUUCCUAGCCAAAGUUAAAGGGGAGUCACAUAUUCUGUCAGGCUGAGCUAUCGACCUGCCAAAAUAUGUAUCUCCUUUUUAUUGUACUAAAAUGCGUUCAUUUUCAAUAGGCAUAAAUACGGCUGAAUGAGUUGCAUUCCAAAAUGUUAAACUUUAACAUUUUAAUAAAAGACAAAGGGCGGGGUAGUGCACUAAAGGCCCCUGUGGCCUAAGCUUUUGUCCAUAAUGGCAUUUUUUCCCUUACAUAACCAUUACUUUUACACUCAUUUUACUUGAAUAAAAAGCUUGAGUUGAUGCUUCAACUUCUACAGAAGUAUUUUUCAACACUAAUAUACGAGUAAUGAAUGUGAACACUUUUGACAGAUUGGCCAAGCACUAACAAUCACUAGGUUAACCCAUUCCCCGAAUACAACCAAGAUAGUUAGGAAAGAUGCUACGCAAUACUUUUUUUUGUGCUACAUUUAACUUUUUACAAUAUUCAACAGUACUUAGGUUAUGAAAGAAAAAUGUGUGUGAGCUUCUGAAUAACUACGAGAAAAAUAAGGAAUUACCUGAGGUUCAUUGGUUCGUUUUUUUCUUCUAAAGACUCUAGAUCAAUGAGCAGUAUCGGUAUGAGUAGUAGUGCCAUUAAAAAGAAACGAACGAUACCCAUCCCUACUACGAUAAUGUGUGUGAUCAGAGCGAUGGUUGUAGUCAUUGAACUUUGCUCCUCAUGCUCCACUGGGGUGUAUCAAGGGCCCCUUGAUUUUAAAAGGGGAGACAGCAGGGGAUUUCAUUUGUUCAUUAGUAAUUUGCCAUUUUGCUUUUAUUCUUGCUUCGCUAAGCUUUGAAUAACUGGAGCCAGCCUCUUCAUGUUCUCGAGAAUUACAUGCUCGGUAUCCCGGAAGAAAGAUAUUGUGCAGUGGGUCGAGGCCAGGGUGUUUAAUGUCUUUUAAAGAUUGAAGGUUGGAAAGUAGAUGGCAAGGACGAACAUAUAGACAGUAAAAGUGACAGAUUGAUUUGCUAAUUAUUUGUAUAAGGUCUGAAAACCACACUGCGCAUGGCGUGGUCCCAAAUUAAGUCGAAGGCAAACCAUGCAUUCAAAGCCAAUGGAGGUGAGUGUUAUCAAAUGUGGAUUUGAAUACAGCCAAUAUGCAUACACGCCGGCGGGUUCAGCCGGACAGCGGUAGUUUGACACGGUAAAUGACUCCAUACUGCGUAGAAUACGAGCAUAGUAUCUGUCUCAUGGAUAGGUCGCCUGAUUGGUGGACUUCGGACCAAGGGAAAUGAGGAAGGCCCAAUGGGAAGAAAGGAAGCAGCACUCCCUGGCAGUAGUGUUGCUCCAGACCACGGUGGUGGGAUGCCGCUGUUCAAAGCCUGUCUUCUGUCCCUCCAGCUGCUGAUGGGGCCCAGCCUCGCGGUCGCCAGCGUGUUCCUCAGCUUCAGGGACUGCAGCCACUUCUUCCACAAGCGCACUCCCCCGCUCGGCGUCCACGGGGCUAGCUUAAAGAGCAUCUGCCAGCGGUUCCGGGACAAGGCGCGCUACGCUACCCUGUACGACAGCGGCCGCCGCCUGGCGCUCUACUCCGCCUACGUCUUCAAGAAGUCGGACGGACAGGGCCGGGCGGACACGCCCUGGAUGUACGAGCCGCAGUUGGUCUCAGAGGACGGCGGAGACAACAUGAGAGAGCUUCCCCUCAGCGACGACGCCCUGGCACUGGAGGACAGCCAGGCCGUGCUGGAGGACUACACCGACGCCGCGGGCCACGAGAGGGGUCCCCUGAACCCCGACCAACAUCAGGCCGAGCCCGACGACAAAUCCUCCACCUACACGCUGACCAACGUGGUGCCGCUAGCCACCGCCUUCCUGGACGCCUGCUGGAACCCCUACCUCGACACCAUCCGCCGCCGCCUCAACAACUUCUGCCACGGGAACUCCUAUGUGGUCACCGGGGCGACCGUGUCGGGGUCGGCGGCGUUGUGGCGGGAAAGGAGGGAGCGAGUGGCGAUCCCCAAACACCUGUGGCUGGCGUACUGCUGUCCGUGGUUUGACCGCAACUCGCCGCACGAGGUGAGGUUCAUGUUUCCCAGCUACGGGAGCUACGCACUGAACCAAGCGACGGGUAACGAGGUGGUCGAGGUCCCGCUCAAGGACCUGGAGAGCUUUCUGACGCGCCAGACCGACGUGGACCACGACCUGGCCGUGUUUCCUAAGGGCUGCUUGGCUGAAGACCUCUUCAAACGUGGGAGAAGGCAGAAUCCAUGAGCCUGAUAGACAUCUGUCAAGAUAUAUGGGAUGAGAUGGGAGCAGUAUAUAUAUAUAUAUAUAUAUAUAUAUAUAUAUAUAUAUAUGGUGUAUAUAAUGGACUUGAAACAGAAGAAGCGUCAAGUGUUGAAGAUGAAAAAAUAAAUCAACAUAAAUAACUCAUUUUUUGUGUACUACGAGGGGGGGCACAGAAUGUUUUAAAGUGUACACAUUCAAAUUCUUCCAUUGUUUCAAUAAUUCAGUUGUUACUGAUUUUAUGUUUCUUUAAGUACAGCAUUGUGUUGUAUGUACAGACAUGUAAGGCUUUUUUAAAUGGGAUCCAAAUACUUGACAUGCAGGGAUUAAUUUUAUGUUUGUUGUAUUCACCCCUUUUCUAUUGUCAUUAUUCUCCAUUUUUUAAGUGAAGCCUUGUGACUUGAAAGAUGCUAUUCCAAUAAUUAUAAUAAAAUCAUGCAUUAUGAUUCAUUCAAUUAAUUACUAAAUCCACUAAAUAGGGGUGUGGGGCAAUAAGUUGAUAAAAACACGAUUCUGCAGCAGUGGUCACCUCCUGUUCCGAUUCAGGUAUAGAAAGAUACGCAUUACAGGUAACUUUUUCAUGCAGAGUGAGGUCCAAAAUAGGCCUAAACAGGCGUGUGUCUAAACAAUGUGUAAUAUAUUUAAAUUGGCAUUUAUUGGCAAGUAUAUCCUUUUGGCUUCAAUAGGCAUUAUUGUGGAUCGUUUUUCUCUGAUGUGUUCAAUGCUCACAUUUAUAUGCAAUCUAAAAUGUGCUUAUGAAGUAAAGCAGUAAGUAGUCUUUCU